AUGUCCUAUUGGUAUGGUAAGGUGGUUGAUAUCUAUCUCAAGGCUGGCAGGAUGUAUGGCUUAAAAUACAGUGGUACUAUUGCAAGGUUGACUUGGAAGACGAGGAUGUUGACGUGUGUUGGUGAAUAUGAGCUCAUCCUCAGUGAUCUUAUAACUGUAGUGGACAUGUGCUGUGUCGAGGGUAGAUCACGCAACCAUCCUGCCAUACAUGAAGGUGAUUUAGUGCAGCCUCAAAUACCAAUAGGGACACUGUACAAUAGAUGGACCAUUGAUAUCAAAUUCUCAAGGGAUCAUAAAAUGGUGUACACGAAAGCAGUUAACAUCCAUAACUCCCAGAUAGCCACCAAGACAUGCCACCAGUGGUUUAAUGAGGAAUGCAUUGCGACUCUUGGGCGUCAGCUGCAUAAAAAUGUGAAGGCAGGCCUACCAUCCCUGUAUUGUGAUAUUAACUUUGACCUGGAGUUUCUGUCGCUGUUGACCUUGCCAAUUUGA